UGCGUAAAACACACGGGCUGUCUGAAAAAAAUUGCGUUUCCUUUUCACGGCCUGUGUGUGUGUGUUUGUGUGUAUGUGUUAAAGACAGCUGUAGCCCUUGGGUGUGCUGCGCUUCCGUAACGCUUAAAAACUGCUCGCCGUGGGCGUUUAAACUGGUCAAGAACACGGCGAUACGCCGCAACCGUUGUGUUUUUUGCGUGGAAGUGUUCGUUUCCGUGCGCGCGCUGUGUUUUUAAAUUAAAGCGACACAUCCGUCGUCGCCUCAACGGUGUAGGGGUUUGUUUCCGUACGCGCGAGUCGUUCAUCUUUUGUCUGUAUUAAUGUUUGGAGGAAAGCUUUUGGAAGAUUAUAGACAGUAGGUGACCACAUCUCUAACGUGAGCUGUCUGCGUUCUGGGUUUGAGCCGCAUGCUUUAUUCAUACAUGGACUGAGUGGACAAUCCAAAAACACCAACUUUACGACAUUCGUUGGAUCUACAGUAAACAGGUGUUUAGCCGGUUUUGGCUGGAGCUGUACGCCACAGGGCUCAGCUCUGAUGUUACGGGUUGAAACGGGUCGACAGUGAGAGGCUUUCCCUCAGCUAUGUCUACCUGUGAGACCACCUGGCCUGCGGGCACAGAGUGUGUGGCCAGGUACAACUUUCCGGGAUCGACAGACAGGGACUUACCCAUGAGCAAAGGAGAUGUGCUUACUAUCAUUGGAGUCACAAAGGAUCCAAACUGGUACAAAGCAAAAAACUCAGCAGGACGGGAGGGGACCAUUCCAGCGAACUAUGUUCAGAAAAGAGAAGGUGUGAAGUCGGGGGGCAAACUGAGUCUAAUGCCGUGGUUUCAUGGAAAGAUCACACGUGAGCAGGCAGAAAGGCUCCUCUAUCCCCCGGAGACAGGCCUCUUCCUGGUGCGUGAGAGCACAAACUACCCCGGCGACUACACGCUGUGCGUCAGCUGCGACGGCAAGGUGGAGCAUUACCGCAUUAUCUACCACAACAGCAAACUGUCCAUUGAUGAGGAGGAGUUUUUCGACAACCUCAUGCAGCUCAUGGAGCACUACACUAAAGACGCAGAUGGACUGUGUACCAGACUCAUCAAACCUAAACUCAUGGAAGGGACCGUGGCCGCCCAAGAUGAAUUCUCAAGAAGUGGCUGGGCUCUGUCUAGGAAAGAACUGAAGCUUCUCCAGUCCAUUGGAAAGGGAGAGUUUGGAGAUGUGAUGGUUGGAGAGUACAGAGGCAAAAGAGUGGCAGUGAAGUGUAUCAAACAUGACGCCACGGCCCAGGCCUUCGUCGCAGAGGCUUCAGUCAUGACGCAGUUACGGCAUAAUAAUCUGGUACAGAUGCUGGGUGUGAUUGUGGAGGAGAAGGGAAGUCUGUACAUCGUCACGGAGUAUAUGGCCAAGGGCAGUCUAGUGGACUAUCUGCGCUCGAGGGGGCGCAGUGUUAUUGGUGGAGAUCGUCUCAUUAAUUUCUCCAUGGACGUGUGCAAGGCGAUGGAAUAUCUAGAGAAUAAUAACUUCGUACACAGGGAUCUGGCUGCUCGUAAUGUUUUAGUAUCUGAAGAAAACAUGGCUAAAGUAAGUGAUUUUGGCCUCACCAAGGAAGCGUCAUCUACUCAAGACACAGCCAAACUUCCAGUUAAAUGGACUUCACCUGAGGCCUUAAGAGAAAAGAAGUUUUCCACUAAAUCAGACGUCUGGAGCUAUGGCAUCUUACUGUGGGAGAUCUACUCCUUUGGUCGGGUACCAUAUCCAAGAAUUCCUCUGAAGGACGUGGUUCCACGUGUUGAACAGGGUUAUAAAAUGGACUCCCCGGACGGCUGCCCGCCAGUGGUGUAUGACAUCAUGAAGCAGUGCUGGACUCUGGACGCAGUGGUACGGCCCAGCUUCAGAGACCUGAGAGAGCAACUGGAAAAUCUCAUAGCCAAUGAGCUCUACCGAUAAAAGGCGAGCAAACUGCGAGAGGCAAGAUCUAACAUCCCAUCUGCUCCUACGGGACCAUCCUCAUACAAUCUGACCAAAAUCUACUCUUAACCAGUGGACUUGAAAAACAUGAGCGGAAAAUUCUUUUGCGUGCACAUUUAUUUUAUUUUUUCAUGGCUUUUUUCUAUUUUUCUUGAGGAGGCUGGCCUUCUCUGAACGUUUGAUUGAUAAGACACAGCCUCCUCUGAUAUCUUCUUCAUAUGCUUUCACAAUGUGGACUGCUGAUGGGUGUGCACCUGCUGUCAUUUCAUUUAGUCUCUCAGUCUUGAGUGUUAUACCGUCAAAAAGAAAUUCAGUAAAGAAUCAUUAUAAUGAAACAAAUGGAUAUCUACAUAUGAAUACAUCAUAAAUAGACAUCAGGUACCUAAUGACAAGUAUCAAAAUAUAAUAUUUUGCUUUUAAAUAGACUGUAUGAUCAUCUCAAGAUCAAGCUGGACAUUGUCAUUAGUAAAGUUCAAAAAACAUGUACGUCUUGAGGGGUAGCUGAAAGGAAAUAACAUAAGGUAUGAAGUCUGUCAUUGUGCCUUUACACCACAGAAGUCUGUCUUAAGUGUUUUGUUUUAAUUUUUUAGCAAUGCUUUUUAGCAAUGCCUUGUUAAAAAGCUCUUGGAUUUAAACUUGCAUAUCUUCCCAAACAAAUGACAAGAGAAUAUCUUUUCCCGUGACUAGAUGUGACCUUUAUGGUGACGACAUUUUGCCACUUUCCCCGUUCCUUAAUGUAAUCUAAUUGGUUCAAAAUUCCACUGCAUAAUUUUUACACAUAAUGGUAUUAGACAUAUGUUCAGACUGGUUGUGAAUCUUUAGUGCUGCACAGCAUCUUUACUGUAAGACAAAUUACUUGUCUUAAUGUGCCUGGUUAAGUCGCAGUGUGAAAGUUCCAGCCACAGGUUGCCUUUUAACAGAGCUUUGAUGGGAUUGUCUAUAUAAAAAUCUUAAAAAAAAAAAAAAGACGAAAUACAGAACUGAAAUAUAUGUUAAGAUGUUUGUUUCCAAGGUCUGUGCAUGCUGUGUUACAAGCCUUGAUUUUACACCGUGCUUUUGAUAUUUUCUUUGCUGCCAUAUUUCAGAUCAUUCCACUAAAGAAGUUUGAUAAAAACAAAAGGUAAACGACAACAAAAAAUGAAUAAAUAAAAUGGCUGGAAAAACAUGG